UAUGGAAAUCAAAGCGGGUUUUAUUAGCGAAGUGAAGUUCGCCGAACCAAAUAUCCGAUUGGUGUAAGAAUUUCAAACGCGCUCUCUCGCUUUCUCGCUCUCUCGCUCUCGUCUCUCCAUCUUUAUCACUUCCUCUGCUUUUCCAACGGUCCGCCGAGGCAUUUUGGCGGUGCCGAUCGCUGAUUUGUCUCUCCGCCGUCGAUCUCCGACUCUCACUCUACGAUUCUCCUCUAUCCACUGCCUCUGAGCCAGCUUUUGCAGACUUUUGAUUUUUCUCGUAUUCGUCGAUUCUUUGAUUUUGUCUCAAGGCAUUCAAGAUGAUUGGCUCCUUUCUUACUAGAGGUCUCGUGAUGAUUUUUGGCUAUGCAUAUCCUGCAUAUGAGUGCUAUAAAACUGUUGAAAUGAACAAGCCAGAAAUUGAGCAACUUCGCUUUUGGUGCCAAUACUGGAUUUUAGUGGCUGUUUUGACUGUUUGUGAGAGGAUUGGAGAUGCAUUCAUUUCAUGGGUUCCUAUGUAUAGUGAAGCUAAAUUGGCUUUCUACAUAUAUCUCUGGUACCCCAAAACAAAAGGAACAACUUAUGUAUAUGAUUCCUUCUUUAGACCAUAUGUAGCAAAGCAUGAGACAGAAAUUGACCAAAAUUUAUUGGAACUGAGGACCAGAGCGGGUGAUAUUGCUGUUAUCUAUUGGCAGAGAGCUGCAAGCUAUGGCCAGACAAGGGUAUACGAGAUCUUGCAAUAUGUUGCUGCACAAUCAACAGCUAAGCCUCACAAGACUCAGAAACAGCCCGCGGUGGCGAAGGCGAAGGUUUCACCAGACAAUGUGACAUCAAAAAGCACUGGUGCCACUACUAAUCAAGUGCUAAUUGAUCCAUCGUCAUCCCCAUCUUCAAGUCAACAAAAAGAUGUAGCUGAAGAGGUGGGUGUUUCACAAGUUUCAAAACUGAAAACCACAUUUGAAGUUCCUAGUAGUCCGAAAGUGUCAAAACCGUCAAAAACCACAGUUGAAGUUCCUCAUACUCCAAAAGGCUUGAAACCAUCAACCUCAGUCAACGUUCCUAAUACUCCUAAAGCAGCUGCAGCAGCAUCUGAACCAGCCAGUAGCAGCAGCCAAUCUGAACCGGAGCCAAUGUUGCUGAUUGAACAAGCGCCAGCUUCAGUGGACGAGAAUGAAAAUCCUCCCCCAAAAGAGACCGUCAUAGAAGAACCCACAAAAGUAACUCGCCCACGUUUGAGAAAAACCCGUUCAAGUGCUGCUGCUAACCGUUGAAAAGGGAAUGGGAGCAAUGUUUCUGAAUCUCAGUUUCCCCUCUUAGAAAGCAGAAUGGAACAAUGAGUACUGAUUUGCCGAUCCCGGCAUUCAUGUAAAUUUGUUGUUUCUAUUCAAAUUUUAUUCUCUUUAUUUUUCUGGACGGUGGCCGGUGGGUGGUCUAGAGUUAUAGCAUAUGGUGCGGUUCUUGUCAAAAUUCCAUGGCAUAAUUUCAAUGUUCGCAUAAAUCUUUAGUUGGCUAUAGUUGAAUUCUGGACUUCCGUCGGAAGUGCUUUUUUGCACAACAGAUGGUUUGGGUUAAA